AUGGCUCGUGCCCGGAAGAAAAUGAAGGAGAAAGAAAUCGCUCUAGAUUGUCAACGACUUCGGCAAAAAAUUCGGACGCUGCAGCGCCAGAUCAAUUCUCCCAGAGUUUCCUCUCUGACGAAAACAACGCCAUGGAAAGUGGCGGCCGAGUACUGUCGACUGUUCCGCAACGGGCUGACAUCUUUCCUGGCGGCACCAGAACCAUACAAUACCUCUGCAGCGCUGUUCCAGUAUGACUGCGGGGCGUUCCAAGACUUUCUGACGGUCGUUAUGGCCCCGGACGUUCUUGGCGAGAGAGGACGCGGCGUCCAGCUGCUGAUCGACGACUGGAAGUGGGUCUCGUUCAACCUGCCUGACAUGAAGAUCGAGCUUGUGCGUCUCGAAGAAGGACUCGGGAACUCACUGAUCGCAGCGACCAAGAACAAGUUCACCAUAACCGAAAAUAUGCUUCGACGCGCCUUCCCGCCUCUGUGCGACGGCUCCCUCGCAACGCUGGGAGCAAAGCUCAUCGGCCAGCAGUUUGAGAUGCGAGGCGCCGUCACAUUCGAGUGGGACGACAAGAGUGACCGAAUUAUCAGCUUGAAGUACACGGGAGAUAUGAUCAUACCGUUGCUGAAGCUUCUCGGUGAUUUGGAAGCCGUCAGUCGAGUGUUCGACAAGGCCUUCCUCACACCGGAAUGCAAGCUGGCGGGGAAAGCUUCCAAGUGCCGCUUUAAGGGUCCUACUACAUGA